AUGAAGUGGCUUGUGCUCCUUGCACUGGUGGCCUUCUCAGAGUGCAUAGUCAAAAUACCUCUAAGGAGAGUGAAGACCAUGAGCAAUACCGCCAGUGGAAAAAACAUGCUGAACAAUUUCCUGAAGGAGCAUCCUUACAGAUUGUCCCAGAUUUCUUUUCGUGGCUCAAAUCUCACUACUCACCCACUGAGGAACAUCUGGGAUUUGCUCUACCUGGGUAAAAUCACCAUUGGAACACCCCCUCAGGAAUUCCAGGUUCUCUUUGACACAGGCUCAUCUGACUUGUGGGUCCCCUCUCUCUUGUGCAACAGCUCAACCUGUUCUAAACACGUUAUGUUCAGACAUCGUCUGUCUUCCACCUACCGGCUUACCAAUAAGACCUUCACGAUCUUCUAUGGAGUUGGGAUAAUUGAAGGAGUUGUUGUUCAUGACACAGUUCGGAUUGGGGACCUUGUAAGUACGGACCAGACGUUUGGUCUAAGCAUUGCAGAAUCUGGGUUUGAGAACAUAACUUUUGAUGGUAUCUUGGGCUUGAGCUACCCCAAGACAUCCUGCUUUGGAGCCAUCCCCAUAUUUGACAAGCUGAAGAAUCAAGGUGCCAUUUCUGAGCCAGUUUUUGCCUUCUACUUGAGCAAAGACAAGCAGGAGGGUAGUGUGGUGAUGUUUGGUGGAGUGGACCACCGCUACUACAAGGGAGAGCUCAACUGGGUACCAGUGAUCCAAGCAGGUGCCUGGAGUGUACACAUGAACCGCAUCUCCAUGAAAAGAUACGUUAUUGCUUGUUCUCUCGGCUGCCAGGCCUUUGUGGACACUGGGACAUCACAUAUCAUAGGCCCAAGAAGACUGGUCAAUAAGAUAAGGAAGCUCAUCGGCACCACACAUUGGCUUUCCAAGCACUAUGUUUCAUGUUCUGUGGUCAGUACCCUGCCCUCUAUUAUCUUCACCAUCAACGGCAUCGACUACCCAGUGCCAGCUCAAGCCUACAUUCUCAAGGAUAAUAGAGGCUACUGUUAUCUCGCCUUUGAUGAGCACGAUUUUAGUUUAUCUAGAGAGACCUGGUUCCUGGGUGACGUCUUUCUGCGGGUGUAUUUCUCGGUUUUUGAUCGAGGAAAUGACAGGAUUGGCCUGGCACGGGCAGUGUAA